UCAACCCCUUGCUCCCCUACAUCAGUGAUACAGGAACAACGCCUCCAGAGAGUGGUAUUUUUGGAUUUAUGAUAAACUUCUCUGCAUUUCUUGGCGCAGCCACGAUGUACACAAGAUAUAAAAUAGUUGAGAAGCAAAAUCAAACCAGCUAUUUCAGCACUCCUGUUUUCAACUUGGUGUCCUUAGUCCUUGGCUUGAUGGGCUGUAUCGGAAUGGGCAUUGUAGCCAAUUUUCAGGAGCUGGCCGUGCCGGUGGUCCACGAUGGAGGCGCCCUUCUGGCUUUCGUCUGUGGUGUCGUGUACACGCUCCUGCAGUCCAUCAUCUCCUACAAGUCCUGUCCCCAGUGGAACAGUGUCCUGAUGUGUCACGUGCGGCUGGCCAUCUCAGCCGUGUCCUGUGCAGCGGUUAUCCCCAUGAUUGCCUGUGCGUCCCUCAUUUCCAUCACCAAACUGGAGUGGGAUCCAAGAGAAAAGGAUUAUGUAUAUCACAUAGUGAGCGCCGUCUGUGAGUGGACAGUGGCCUUCGGCUUUAUUUUCUACUUCCUAACUUUCAUCCAAGAUUUCCAGGUUAAUAGCAACACAAGUGACAGAAGCGCCCGGAAGACGGACAUCACUUUUUUGAGCAAGCCUUUUGCCCAGGGUCAACCCAGAGCUGCACAUUCCAGAAUGACGGCAAACAUCUCCACCGACAAAUCCCAUCCUCGGCCAAAGACAAAACCAGACAGACCCAGUGGGCUAGACGUUUUCCAAGGGUCCUGCCUAACGUUCCGCAAGUCUACGACACAACGAGGCAGGUUGACUGCAGACGACCCCUCCCCGGCUUAA